AUGGCGUAUUACAAGCUUGUAUGCUUCUUGUUGGUUGUGGGUUGUGGUUCUUCGCGGAUUAGAGCAGAUGCUCCAAAGAGUGAAUAUAAUUUCGUGAUUAUACUUACCGAUGAUCAAGAUAUAAUGCUGCACGGUAUGACACCGAUGGUAAAGACUCUUAGCCACAUCGCUAAUGAAGGAAUAACCUUUGCCAAUGCCUUUACAACAUCCCCAAUUUGCUGUCCCUCACGAAGUUCAAUUCUGACGGGAAAAUAUGCUCACAAUCAUAAAGCAUUCAAUAAUUCCCUGUCCGGUGGAUGCUAUGGACCGUUUUGGCAGAAAACAAUUGAACCGGUUGCGCUCCCUGCUUUGUUGUCUAAUGCUGGGUAUGACACCUUUUUCGCUGGGAAGUAUCUAAAUGAAUACUUUUCGGAGACUAUUCCACCGGGAUGGUCUGACUGGUACGGCUUGCAUGGAAAUUCGCGAUACUAUAACUUCACCAUCACCGAAAAUGGCAAGCGGACUAAUUAUUCUAAUGAAUAUUUUACUGAUUACCUGAGUUCUAAGGCUAUGAGUUUUCUGCAAAAAGCGAAUGCGGAACGACCUUUUUUGGCUAUGAUUGCACCCCCUGCUCCGCACGAACCGUUUACCCCAGCGAAGAGACACCAAAAUCUGUUCCCUAAUGCCAAGGCAGUUCGAACACCAAAUUUUAACAUAUCAUCCAGCCCAUUGCAAAAACAUUGGCUUUUAACUAUGGAACCGUCCACCUUACCGUUGGAGUUAUUGGAUGAAAUCGACUCUAUUUACCGCAAAAGAUGGCAAACGCUGAUGGCAGUUGAUGAUAUGGUAGAAAACAUUGUUACCGUUCUGGAGGAAAAGAAAUUGCUAGAAAAAACUUUUAUUUUCUACACGUCCGACAAUGGUUUCCAUUUAGGACAAUUCUCUCAGGCAUACGAUAAACGACAACCGUAUGAGACAGAUAUAAGGGUUCCCUUAUUUGUGAGAGGCCCUUCAAUCCGUCCCAAAACUGUGCAACAUUCGGCGGUCGCAUUAAUAGACAUCGUGCCAACCAUACUUCGACUAGCCAAUGUGGAUCUUCCUUCCGCUAUAGAUGGUCGACCAUUGCCACUGAACAGCGAACCGGAAGAUGUAAUUGAACGACAAAUUUUAAUCGAAUACUGGGGUGAAGGAACACUGGAAACGUAUAAUCCACAGUGUCCAUGGUCCGCACAGGAUAGACUUCAAUUGUGCACUGUAGAUGCAGCCUGCCACUGCCAAGAUGCCUGGAACAAUACUUUCAACUGCGUUCGUCAGCUAGCACAAGACUUGAAUUUUAUUUAUUGCGAAUUCAAAGAUAAUGAGAAUUUCGUUGAAGCUUACGAUAUUGCCAAAGAUUUGUACCAAAUGAAUAACGUCGGAUAUGAAAUUCUUCCUUCUGUUAGAGCAAAAUACAGCUUAGCACUGCAGAAUCUUUCAGCUUGUAUUGGACCAACGUGUAAUUUAAUCUAUUGAUUAGUGGUGGAUCCAAGCUCCUUGCAAACCUGAAGCGUAGUUGGGGCCCCAAAACGAAAGAUGAUCGCAUCUCGACAAACUUACAUGAGGGAGCUUUAUUUUUCAUUGGUCCACCACAACCGAUGGCGGAGGGCGAAAUUACUAACCGGUGAACUGAUUUCAAAAGUGCCGACCGUUGCGGAGUCAUUUUUUUACGCCUAAACUGCCACUCUUCGAUACACCAAAAACACUACGCAGCUACGAAUGCUGCAUCAAUGUAUUGGCGAGUGUUCCAACGUAUCCACCAUUCAUUCAUUCUAAUACUAACAUUCUCAAACACUUUUGUUUUCGGCCCCCCGUGAUCGACGGGCCCUAGGCGGCCACGUACUCCACCUACUAGUUAAAUCCAUCACUGAAUCAACACACCAACUAUGAAUCUCUUACACCAAGGAUGAACCACUGAAAGUAAAUACCCAUGUUGACUAGUAAAUUUCACAAAUAUAAUCUAAAUGUAAUUGAAACUUACUUGAACGAAUCUGAAACAAUUAAAAAAAAGUCGUGUUAUGCAUUUUGA